UGUGGCGCAAAAGUAAGCUUCCGAAUUAAUGGUGACCUUGAACGUAAUCAUUGGACGCUAUAAAACUGAUGUGAAAUGUUGCAUGCUUCCGCAUUGCAACCAUUUCACUGUGAUUUGCUUGAAGAAAAGUGGGCUUAACCAAAUGUAGACGCCGGGUUUACGCGUUAAGAUUGUUUGCAUUUCCAAAAUCGGGGGUGUGACAAUUCGUAGUUGGAUGAAGCACUUUUUCUCUUUUUUAAAUAAAAUUCAGUGCUGUGUAAAUUUUACUGUCAGCUUUUUUACAAAAUCAAACGAAUUGUUGUCCUAAAGUGCUUUCGACAAAUAUACCACGUAUGCUGAAGUGUUUCUUUCCUUUUGUUUAUAUCUACGAUCUAUACUCGAUCGAAGUGUACAAAAUUGAAUCGUUUUAAACUGUACUUUUGGAAUAACUGGUGCCAUAUUUUAACAAUUUGCGAUUUUAAUCAUCGCUUUCACUGCAUCGACGUAGCAAAAGUUGUUCAUAGGUUAUAAAGAUACGUGUGUGCGUGUGUGCUGUUGUCGAUAGCGGCAACGGCCAAACAUCACGAAAUUUUUAAUGUAAACUAUAUGCAUUGGCUUCAAGCAACAAAUAUACGCGAAGAGAUGCCGUUAAGUCAAAUAAGUCAAAGUAAUUCCAUCGACACAAAUGAGAGUGUAAAUCCUGUUACAAGUACUCAAAUAACAUCAACUUGUUAUGCUCCUCCACCUUUAAAUUAUAACAUUAAUUUACCUUUGGGUCACCCAUCUAUUCUGGGUAAUGAUCGUGGUACACCCCCUUCGUACGAGGAAGCAAUAGAUCCAAAUGCACCUCCUCCAUCCUACGAUUCACUGUUUGGUCGUAUGAGAGAAGCACAUAAAGUUUCAAAAGGAGUAUUUGAUUUUUUGAAAAAUAUUAUUAUCUUACUAUUAGGCACCAUUGGAUGUACUAUUAUCUUAGGAGUAACAACUGCAGUUCCAAUAUCUAUGAUGGUCAUUGGAGGACUUUAUCUAAAUGAUUGCCCACAAGGAGAAUAUAUUCCUGUAUAUUUAUUAGUGGGUGGUGGUUUUGCUGUUUUCAAACAGUUGUUACAUUUCUCAGCAGGACUGUGCCAAUGUCAAGAAGAACGAGACGAAGAAAGAAUACGAGAGUCUCCGACUCAAACAUUAAUCAACUGUUUUAUGCUUGGUUGGUUUAUCAUAGGCUCAAUGUGGGUGUAUAAGGAAUACGAACCAAAUUAUGACCCAUCUCUUGGAAAAUAUUGUAACAAAACGUUAUAUUUAUUUGCGUUUUGGCUAAUAACGUCAUCAUACAUAUGCUUGGGAGUGAUAAUAGCUUGUCGUUGUAGUAUUUCAGUAGCAAACAGUUGCAUUUCAAAGACCACCAUCUGACCUAAUGUGAAAAAAUUACGAUCUCGUUUUAAUACGGGAAACAGUCAUUUAAUGAUUUAUUAUUUUGGGAACAAAACGACGUGUGUUAUGAUGAAAAAAUAUCUGUGGAAGUGAAUGACAUUAUAACAGGGCACAAAAAUUCGUCCACGCUUACGUACCUGAGAUGCUUAAACAACGAUCUAUAAACAGAUCGUUUGCACGUUGAACGCACAUAUUAUGCGCUCAUAUUUCGUAAUUUGAUGGUUGUAAUCAUUCAUUGCAACAGUUCUUGAUUUCUGAAGUAUAUUGCAUUUUUUAAGAUUUCGUCAUUAUACUCCUAGCUAAGAAUUAUGUCAGCCAUUGAAAAAUUGAUCGAUUUCCCAAAAUUAAUGCACCGAGAAAAAAAAAACAAUGUUUUAAUCGAUUCAGGGCUGUGGAUAUUUCGCAAUAAUCGCGAAUUUUUUUAAUAUUGUGCCAAGGGAUCACAGAGUUGUAGAUCGAAGUAUUUUACUAUCAAAAUGUCGAUUUCACGUCGGAUCCGAUUCGUAUGAUAGUUUUACUUGAGUAGAAUCUCAGGACGUGUCUUAAGGAUUCUAACACAAGAGUGUUAUCGAACACUAAUACAUACAAAAAAUUUUACCAUUAAUGUGCUAUCACAAACUCGUGGUGUUUAAUGGCAGCUGUCUAACAAUUUUUACAAGUGGAAAGUUCGCUCACUUGUAUAAAUAACUUAUUGUUAAAGACUGCGGUAUAUCGCAACACAUUUUUUAUUCCUUUGCCCUCUCCUCCGUCCUUUUAAACCUAUCGACCUCCAUUGAGCCUUUAUGUCGAUGUAGUCGAAUAACCAUUUUAUACUCAUUUGAAGUCUAAGGGGUAAGUUAUAUUAAAAGACGCGCGCUCCUUUAGUAUUUCAAAAAUAUUCAAAUGCCAGUAUUUAUUAGUAUUGUUGUAGACUACAAUUUUUAUCAAAUUGUCGUGUCUAAUUGGUAUCUAAGCAUAGUGGAGAAUAACUGAAAAUGACGUAUUAUUGACAUUAAUGUAUAACGUUUCUUCCACUUUCAUACAUCUUUACCUACUUUUCAACAAGACCUUCGUCUUCCUAUUAAGUCCAGUUUAACAACUGUAAAUACGUACUUGACGAUUGUAGAAAUAUACACAUUUAUGUCGACGAAAAUACUUUACAUUCGCUUGCACGCAUAGCAAAUGAUGAGCGAGCUUGCGCUUUAAAACAUAGAAACGAAAACACUUGUAUCUAUGACUAUGUAAAAAAUUCUCAAAGUAAACUGAAUAAAGUAAACUGACUGUAACUAUAUUGACCCGAAUGUUUACGCUUAGCUAUACGAACACAUACCUGCGUUCUAUUUGUUGCUAUUUCAAUGUAACUCGAACACUGUCGAUGCAAUUUUUAAUAAGAUUUUCGCGUGCCUGUAAAAUAAGUUCUUACGUUGUCU